CGGUUCGGUUCGAGUUUUCCGGAAACGGUUUCGGUACAUUUGAAGAAAAAAAAAUACUUACUCACAGUAUACAGUGGUCCAUUCAGUGGUUUAAGCGGGUGGCGAGUGGGUGGUUGAGGGUACUUUUUCCUACUCUUGAGAAUCCUCAAGAGGAACAAUUGGCGGUUGAGACGUGUGAACAUGCAAAGGACUAACUUGACAAGGAAAUAAUUGUGUAUCCACCCUCGAAGUUUCGUCUCUGCAGGCGUUAUAUCCACUGAAGAAGAUCCGACCAAAGAAGAAGACGUGCAAAAAGAAGGGGAAGAAGCCAGAAAACCAAAGUGCAAGUGCAUGAAUAAAACAAAAAGGGGGUACACAGCAUGUGCUAAGUAGUAAUAUUCGGUCGUUGCUUCGAGUAGCAUAGCGUGACUCCAGCAUUUGGCGAAAACUGGCAAAGGGGCUGAAUUCUAAAAUCCGUGACUAGUGCCGUGACAUACAGAGCGCGGUGCAUGUAUCGCGUCAUUCGUCGUUCGAAGCCGCCCACGAAACGCCGCUGCUGCUAGAUCUCCCUGCGCUAGACGUGCUGAGCAACAUGAAGCCGACUAAAUUAGAUUUGGAGAUUAAUGAAGAUGAGGACGAGACCGACAGGCGAGGAGACACCGAAAUGGAGGACAUAAUAGCAGAAAACUGCCACCUUGAUGAUCUCUACACACGUUAUCGGCAGCGACUUCGAAAGUCUCUGUUCAUUUCCGGGCUCGGAAUUUCGAUUCUUUCUUGCCUGUCGGCCAUGCUGCUGAAUCUGUUGCAGAAAACGGUGGUGGCCUCUGAUCUAACGUUGCUGUCUGUGGCCUCGGUAUUGCUCUGUUGCAUCCUGGUGGCGUUGCAUUUUCCGGUUGUGAUGAAUUCGCCACUGGCAGCCCUCGCUUUCGCGCUGCUGACCACCGGGACCAUUGGAACCGUGGCCAUUGCAGUGGGAGCUCAACUGGCAGCGCUUCCGCUGUUUGCACUCAUUUUGGGCGUCCAUACAAUGUUGCCCAUUUCCUGGCCAGUGUCCGUCGUGUUGGCCGUGCUGCUCUGUCUGGUUCACAUCGGAUCCCGUCUCUGGGUGCACCCGCUGCAGGACCUGCCGACCUAUUUCUUUCCGCAGUUGCUGGCGGAAAUGAUCUUCCUGGCGUCGGCGUCCAUUUCGGGCCUCUACUAUCGCAUAAUGUCCGAUGCAGCCCACAUCGAUGCCGUCGAUGGAACCCGAACCGGAAUCGAGCAACGGGUCCGGCUGGAAUGCGAACGGGAACAGCAGGAACAGCUGCUGCUCAGUGUGAUUCCGGCCUACAUUGCGGCCGAGGUGAAACGAAGCAUUAUGCUGAAGAUGGCCGACGCCUGCCAGACGGCCGGGGGCCAAAGCCAGACCCGGUUCCACGAGAUGCACGUCCAGCGACACAACAACGUGUCCAUCCUGUAUGCGGACAUCGUCAACUUUACGCCCCUCUCGGAGCAGCUGACGGCAUCGGAUCUGGUCAAAACACUCAACGAGCUAUUCGGACGGUUCGACCAAAUCGCACAAGAGAACCAGUGUCUGCGGAUCAAGAUUCUCGGCGAUUGCUACUACUGCGUAUCUGGAUUGCCCGUUUCGCGACCCCAGCAUGCGGCCAACUGUGUCAACAUGGGACUGCAGAUGAUUGAUGCGAUUCGAUUCGUGCGGGAAGCAACCGGAUUCAACGUGGACAUGCGAAUCGGCAUCCAUACCGGAAACGUCCUGUGCGGGGUCCUGGGGCUCCGGAAGUGGCAGUUUGACGUGUGGAGCGACGAUGUCACCCUGGCGAACCACAUGGAAAGCGGAGGCGUUGCCGGACGAGUUCACAUAACGAAAGCCACCCUGGACUAUCUGGGCGAUAAGUUCGAGGUGGAACCGGGAGGUGGCGCUGGCCGAGAGUCAUACCUGGCGGAUCAUAAAAUCGAAACAUAUCUCAUCGUACCACCGAAGAAAGCGACAAGCGAGGCUCCUCCAAAACCAUCACCAUCAUCAAACGCACACACCCCUUCGCCCAGUACGACGACCACCAUCCAGAUCCAAGAACCUCCAGCGACGGAUGCUGCCGAUAAUUGUUCCCUGGGCGAACCACCGAGAACACCAAAAACGCCACGAACCCCCAAAACCCCGGAGGACCUGCGGCGAUCCCACAGCUCCAUUUCGGAUGAGCACGAGAAGCUGUUGCCAUCGGUUCGACCCCUCGUGACUCCUCUGUUUCCGCCGAACAGUCCCUUGCCACCUCCCUCGCCGAGUCCGUUAAUAAAACAAACCAGCAUUACGAUCACCACCGAGACAAUCAACGAGGAGGAACCGAACGAGAACGGCGAAGAACCGUCGGAAGUGGGCAAUGGCCAUUGUGGCGGCGGGGGAGCUGUUGGCGUUGGACCAACGGAUUCCGGGAACGAACAGGCCGAGCACGGCAGCAAAAAGAACUGUCUCAGUCUGACACUUCCGGUUGAACCGAUUGCUACCAAUGGGCACGUGCCGGAACGCGUGGGAAGUCGAAAGUUGUCCGUUCAUGGUCUAAUGGCGUCGGUGGCCGAGCGGCGGAAAUCUUCCAGCUCUAUUUUCGGCGACAUGCGGAAGAUGUCGAUUACGAACAUUGACUGCCUCCGGUCCCCGAUGGUGGCCACCCCGGGGCCUCUGAUGCGCAACCGUCCCUCCUCCAAGAUGACCAAGUACGUCGAGUGUUGGGGUGCGGACAAACCGUUUGCCAACAUCACCGAUUCCAAGAUGGCGAAGAACAUCGGUCUGGCGAGUAUUGCCAUGAUCGAAUCCAACCUACUGCCCGAGGAUGGCCACUGCAGCGAGUGCAAAUGUUGGGGCCCCCCGAAGGAACUGCAGCCGGUAACUAUGUGGUACCGGAACACGGCACGCGAGGCCAUGUACCGAGCCCAGCCCGAUACCAGCUUCCGGUAUGAUCUCAUCUGUUCGUUCAUUCUGUUCUUAUUGAUUGGACUGAUUCAAAUAAUAGUAUUUAAAAGCAAUGUAGUCGUAAUUGGCUCCCUCAGUGCGACGACCGUAGCGUUAGGACUAUUUUUAUAUCUAAGUAACUACCAGAUGUCGGACCUGUCGCCGCCUGGCAGCAAUGGCCCCGGACAGGUGAUUGCCGGCAGCCGGACCCUCCGGAUGGCAAUACUUUUCAUUUCAACGGCUCUCAUAGCGGCCUGUGCCAUAUUUAGUGUGAUAAAUUUCGACGACCUAGUGAUAGCGGACGUGCAGCUGGUUAACAACGGAACUGAACUGGUCACGUUCGAGUCCGACUUUGCCCCCACAGCACCGGUCUAUCUGUUUAUGUGCGCCAUCAGCUUGGCCUCCGUUUCGGCCUUCUUGAAGUCUGGCUUCAUCAUCAAGCUGCUGCUGAUGCUGCUCUUUGCCGGAGUUCAAUGCUCGCUUCUUUGGCAAACCUCACUCUUCGAGACCUACGGCAUUAUGUACGACUCGUGGCCUCUGGCGUUCCAAGGCGCCCUCUUUCUACUGCUGAUAGCAUCCGUCCUGCACACCUUGGAUCGACAGGGCGAGUACGUGUCCCGCACAGAUUUCCUCUGGAAGGCCAAGCUCAAGGUCGAACAGGAGGAAGUCGAAACGAUGCGAGGAAUCAAUAAGAUUCUGCUGGAAAACAUCCUGCCAGCCCACGUGGCCGGGCACUUCCUCAAGAAGGAGCGGGCCGUGCAGGAGCUGUAUCACGAGAGCUACUCGUCGGUGGCCGUCAUGUUUGCCUCGAUUCCCAACUACAAGGAAUUUUACGACGAAACCGACGUCAACAAACAGGGCCUCGAGUGCCUGCGGUUGCUCAACGAGAUUAUCUGCGACUUCGACAAGCUGCUGCUCAAGCCCAAGUUCAGUGGCAUCGAGAAGAUCAAAACCAUCGGCAGCACCUACAUGAUUGCGUCCGGGCUGAGGCCGGGCAAGGAGGAGGGAGCAACGAAAAAUAAUGACCUGGACGAGAAACGCACAGAGGAACACAAUGUGAUAGUGCUGGUUGAGUUCGCCAUCGCCCUGAUGACGGCCCUGGACCAGAUCAAUCGAGAAUCAUUCCAACGCUUUAGAUUGCGGAUCGGCCUCAAUCAUGGCCCGGUGAUAGCGGGAGUUAUCGGAGCCCAGAAGCCACAGUACGACAUCUGGAGCAACACGGUCAACGUGGCCAGCCGGAUGGAUUCCUGUGGAGUGAUGGGACGGCUUCAGGCAACGGAAAACACGGCCAAGGUGCUGAUGGCAGCCGGAUAUUCCUGCGAGUGCCGCGGCCCGAUUCCCGUCAAGGGUAAAGGAAUCCUGACGACGUACUUCGUCAAAACGCCAUUCGACGAGAAGAUUUAAGCCACACCGGAACGGAAUCCAGGUUGGGGCGGAGCAGAUGCCGGAUCAGAAAUGGAGUGAGGCAGCUCGAAGCCCCUCGAAGAGGGAAGCAUCGGAAGGAUCAUUGUCUUAGUCCUCACUUUUCGCGCCGGCCGGGAAUCGAGAACGAUGUGUGUGCUGCAGUGCAAGCAAAGGUAUUCCUUAUGUGCGGAAACAUGUGCUCGGAAGUAGUAGAAAGGAUUGAUGUUGACUCCGUUAAGAUGGCGUAUUUUUUCCGGGGCGCAAGGAUACAGCUCCAAGCCAGACUUCAGCAAUGAAUAAAACAACAUCGGGUUGUGCGAUUUUCAUUUAAUUUUUUUAAAGGAAAUGAAACAUUCAAAUAUAAAAUUACAAUAAAAUUGUGAAGCACAUUAAAAUUUAGACACACAAAAUUUUUUAAAUAAAAUCAACUGAAAGUGUUGCUCAUGGACAAA